CCGGAAUCCAACACCGCAGGGAGCAACAUCUUCUCCAAGUUCUCCGCCUACAUCAAGAACCCCAACCCUGCCCAGAACGACACGCUGGAGAAGGGCCUGUUGAGGGCGUUACAGAGCCUCGAUAUCUUCCUGUGUACUCCCCUGCCAGAGGAGAUCGAUGAGAACAGUACAGAGGAACAGAGCGCCUCCUGCAGGAAGUUCCUGGAUGGCAACGAGCUGACCCUUGCGGACUGUAACCUGCUGCCGAAGCUGCACAUCGUCCAGGUGGUUUGUAGGAAGUACCGAGGGUUUGAGAUCCCACAUCAGUUGACCGGUGUGUGCAGAUACCUGAAGAAUGCUUACCAAUCUGAAGAAUUUGCCCACACGUGCCCGAAAGACCAGGAGAUUGAACUGGCUUACUCCACGGUGGCCAAGCCCCUAAAGUGAGGAGGGGUCCAGCAGCCUGGCCUUGGGUUUUACUGAUGGGGGGGGGGGGGUUGGGGGGGGAAAUGUGAGUGGACAGGCCAGUCCCAGUAGAUCCCUUUGUCUCUAACUCCUCAGGAGCAGUGUUCCCUCACCCGCUCUUCUGUAUUCUCUCUGCCCUGCGGUCUGCUCCCCCCAUGCCUGGUUUUGCUCAAAUAAAAAGAGAUGUCUAUUUAUCUUUCCUCAAA